AUGGACUUCUCGUGGGUUUCUGCAAUCUUUUCCGAUACGGCUGCCAAUUUCCCCGAACUCACUAAAGCAAUCCUAAUCGUUGCCAUUUCGUUGGGUAUGAUUCUCAUCUGGGCGGCCGCCAUUGAAACCUUCUACGAGGACAUCGCUCAAUUUGAACGCCAAAAUGAGGACCAACCCGUCGCUCCCAUGACCAUCCUUCGCGAAAAGCUCGAGCUUAUCGAUGUAGUCCGUUUCUUUGCGAAAGGAUGCGCAUGCAUCAUCAUCUCUAUUUUCAUCAUCCCCAUCCUGAUCCUAGGCGAGGUUGACAAGCGACUCUUGGAAAUGUUUGAGGAGGAUGAUCGUUAUAUGAUGUCGAGAGAGCAGAUGCAUGAAAUUCUGGACAUGAUGAAGCGUGGCCGCAAGAGACGUCUUUCCGAAAUUAGCGAGGCUGAUGAGGAGCGCAGCAUGGACUAUGAUGACGAUGAUGACAAGGACGGCGAGGACGGCGAUGAUGGAGAUGAUGGAGAUGACUCUGGCACCACCUUUACUCCCACCGACAACACUAAUGAUGAAGAUGAAGCCUAA